CCCCUCGUCACCAUUGACUUCUUCCCUUGUGUAAAUACAAUUCUUCUACCUGUAAGUAUUGUAGAGUAUACACACACAUCCCCAUCACACUCCAAAAUGUCCGCCGAAACCCUCACCACCAUCUCACCCACCACCAACAAAGGCAUCCUCAUCCGCACCGGCGCCACCCCCGCCGAGCUCGAGAAGAUCGUCGAUGUAUCCGCCGAACGCUUCAAGACAUGGAGCAAAACCACACUUUCUGAGCGCCAGGCGAUAGUCAAGAAAGCCUUAGAGAUCUUGGUUACGAAGAAAGAUGAAUAUGCUAAAGAACUCACGGAGCAGAUGGGACGUCCUAUCGCUUAUACGGGGGUUGAAGUGACGACGGCGGCGAAGAGGGGGGAUUACCUUCUUAAGAUCUCGGAGUCGGCGUUGGAAGAUACACCGGGGGAGGCAGAGAAGGGAUUUACUAGAUAUAUCAAGAAACUUCCCGUCGGGCCAGUUCUCAUCCUCUUUGCUUGGAAUUACCCCUACCUAAUCCUCAUCAACUCCCUCAUCCCCGCCCUCCUCGCCGGCAACACCGUGAUCCUCAAGCCCUCCCCCCAAACCCCCACCAUCGUCGAGAACCUGUCCUCCAUCUUCCUCUCCGCCGGUCUCCCCCCGGACGUGAUUCAAUACUUCCACUCCGGCAACGCCAGCACCAUCGACACUAUUGUCAAGAACCCCAAGGUCGCGUUAAUCGCCUUCACAGGCUCCGUGGAGGGGGGUCUGGCUGUCCAGAAAGCGGCGGCGGAUCGCGUGGUGCCGGUGGGAUUGGAGUUGGGGGGGAAGGAUCCGGCGUAUGUGAGGGCGGAUGUGGAUGUUGCCUGGGCUGCUGAAGAAAUCGUCGACGGCGCAGUCUUCAACUCGGGACAGAGCUGUUGUAGUAUCGAGCGCGUCUACGUCGAUUCCUCGAUCCAUGAUAAAUUCGUUGAAGAAGUACAGCGCGUGCUCAAGGGAUAUAAACUCGGCGACCCAUUCGAUAAAGAGACGCAUGUUGGACCAGUGAUUUCGAAGAGGUCGAAGGUGGCUAUUGAAGGACACAUCAACGACGCCGUCGCAGCAGGGGCCCGAAACGUCACCCCCGCAAACGCCACCUUCACCUCCCCCCCCCCCGACGGGAAUUUCGUCGCCCCAACCCUCCUAAUCAACGUCAACCACACCAUGGCCGUCAUGACCGCCGAAACCUUCGGCCCCGUCAUCCCCGUGAUGUCCGUCUCUUCCGACGCCGAAGCAGUGCGGUUGAUGAACGACAGCGAGUUCGGACUCACUGCUUCUAUUUGGACCAAAGAUACUACAAAGGGUGCAGAGUUGGCGGCGGAGGUGGAGGCGGGGACGGUGUUUGUGAAUCGUUGUGAUUUCCCGAGUCCGGAUUUGGCGUGGACGGGGUGGAAGGAUAGUGGGAGGGGGGUGACGCUUAGUAGGUUUGGGUUUGAGCAGUUUGUGAGGUUGAAGAGUUUGCAUUUGAAGGAUUAUCCGAAAUAGAUGGGUGUGUGGAUGGGACUGGGG